GCUCGGAGUCACAGUGGACGAUCAGCUGACAUGGAAAUUACACGUUACCGCCACAGUGAGAUCGGCAGCCUACAGACUCUACAUGCUGCGCAGACUUAAGUCACUGGGCACGCCAGCUGAUGAGUUAAAGGGGAUAUACAUCACUUUCAUCCUGCCCAAAUUUAUGUAUGCCUCACCUGUGUGGUCUUCCUCCCUCACCUUCACUCAACACCAACAACUGGAAAAUGUCCAAAAAAGAGCCUGCAGAAUCAUACUUGGCCCUGCUUAUACAGACUAUGAUCACGCCCUAUCUACCCUUGAUCUCCCCACACUGGCAACGAGACACCAAGCGGCCCUCGUCAAGAUGGGUAGAGGCCUGCUGCGCCACUCACGGCUACGGCAUCUCCUCCCCCCUGACGCGCCCCAGCCAAUCCAUGCCACACGACACACAAACGUGGUCAUGCCACUCAAGGCCCCAAGAACUGACCGUUAUCUUCAUAGUGCUAUUCCCUCCAUGGUGCGAGCCAUAAAUAGCUAAGUUAGGUUCUCAGCUUGAAUCUCCCUUAAU